GGUCACUCACAGAAGAUCACAAGCCCAAAGAUAUUUCAAAUAAAAACCAGACCUAAUAUCCACUCCAUCUGCAAUUCGUCUUCUUCCGUCAGCCAUAAAGAUUGCGCGCUUUUGUAUCUGCCGGCCAGAAAUCUAUUUACGAAGAGGAGGGGGGGAUCCAUCCGAUCCGCCGCAAAAUAAUCAUCACCGCGAUAAAGAAUUGAAGGAAUUGCUUCAGUUUCAUCUUCGCGAUGGAUAUGAGAACGAGCAUUGGCUUAUGAUAAUGGUCUCCUGUUAACAAACCCUUGGCUGUUUCGAAAUCAAUUUCUAAAUCUCUAAAUGGUGAUUGAUCCAGCAAUUUUCGGAUGCAAUGAAAAUUCUUGCUAGUAAGAGUUGCCGUCUAUUAUCUGCAGAAUCACCGGCAUCGUCGGUUCAGUUCAUCUCCCCUUUCCAACACCUUAAGCAUAGAGUGGAUGCUCCUGCUGAAACUCAAACUGAACUCAGAGAAUCCCCUAGAAAAAGAAAGUAUAUUUCGCAUGCAGAUGCAAUUGAAAUGAUAAGGCGCGAGAAAAGCCCCGAAAAUGCAUUAGAAAUAUUCAAUAGAGCAUCUGCGCAGAAGGGCUUUAAUCAUAACACCUCGACUUAUGCCGUUCUUCUCCACAAGCUCGCUCAAAUGAGGCAGUACAAGUCCAUUGAUGCUGUUCUUCAUCAGAUGAACUAUGAAACGUGCAAAUUCCAUGAAGGUAUAUUCCUGAAUCUCAUGAAGCAUUUCUCUAAAUCUUCGAUGCACGAGAGAGUGGUUGACAUGUUUUUCUCUAUUCUGCCGAUUGUGCGCUCAAAGCCUUCCCUGAAUGCCGUUAGUACAUGCCUUAAUCUUCUGGUGGAUGCAAAUCAAAUCGAUAUGGCAAGAGAUUUUCUCCUCCGCACUCGGAAAGAAAUUGGCUUGGUGCCGAACACGUGCAUAGUCAACAUUUUGGUGAAACAUCAUUGUAAAAAGGGCGAUCUGGAAUUUGCUUUUGAAGUGUUGAAAGAGAUGGAAAAAUCUGAAGUAUCUUCGCCGAACUUGAUUACAUACUCGACUCUGAUACAGGGUCUUUGUCAAAAAGGCAGACUAGAAGAAGCCAUCAAUCUGUUUGAGGAAAUGGUUUCAAAGCACCAGAUCGUUCCCGAUCCGUUGACUUACAAUCUAUUGAUCAAUGGAUUUUGUUCUGCUGAGAAACCCGACAGAGCCAGGAAAGUUAUGGAAUUUAUGAAGAAAAAUGGAUGCACACCUAACGCAUUCAAUUACUCAACAUUAAUGAAUUGGCUUUGCAAGAAUGGAAAAUUCGAAGAAGCGAGGGAAAUCUUCGAUGAGAUGAAAGGUGCAGAUCUGAGGCCCGACACUGUCAUCUACACUACAUUAAUUAACUAUUUAUGUCGAGCCGGGAGAACAGAUGAAGCAAUCGAUCUGCUUCGCGAAAUGAAGCAAAAUGAAUGCAAGGCGGAUGAGGUAACAUUUAAUGUAAUUUUGGGGGGAUUAUGUCGGGAAAACCGAUUCUCUGAGGCACUGGACAUGCUCGAGAAUUUACCGUAUAAUGGUGUUUAUCUCAACAAAGCUAGUUAUCGGAUUGUAUUGAAUUUCUUAUGCAAAGAAGGUGAACUGGAGAGAGCUGUGGAGUUGUUAGUUCUUAUGCUGCAUAGGGGAUUUGUUCCCCAUUUUGCUACGUCGAAUGAGUUAUUAGUUAGCCUCUGCCAAGCCGGAAAAGCAAAUGAUGCUGCCGGAAUUUUAUUUGGGUUGCUGGAAAUGGGGUUUAAACCUGAACCUCUUACAUGGAGUGCGCUGAUCGAUUCAAGUUUCAGAGAAAGGAAACUGUUGCCUACGUUCGAACUUCUUGAUAAGCUAUUCAUGGAAGACUUGUGAUUGUCCACAUUUUAUAUAUUGAAAUCGCCUCUUUAGAAGAAGGGUUUCUGUCAACGGAAGUUACUUGGGACUGGAAAACUUCGAAGUCCAUCCCGACAAUGUAAAUGUCUUGGAGGCUUCUUUUCCUUCGUUUUCUGCUGCGUUUAGAUUCAAAUUAUCGACAAGAAGACGAGAUCUUGAAGACUCAUCAGGUUGGGGACAUUGACAAAGCUUUGCCCACCGGUAAGAUUCAUAUGUAUAUAUUGUGGGGUGUGAAUUUGCAUUUCUUGGGGCCCUUGAAUAGCUACAUUUGUCUUGAUCACAAUCUUAAUAUGUAGGGCAGUACAAGAUUUCUUGGACAAGGAUGGUUGUUAGGCAGAUUGUAAAUUACAAGCAUUAUUGCAGCCAUCCAUGUUAUUAAUCAUGGCUGGCUGCUAUACUAUACUUGUGUUGAUGCUGAGCUGUUUGUGUCUAA